AUGUUAACACGACAAGGUGCAAGACGACUUAUUGAAACUGAAUUCCAUCGAUUAGCCAAUAUUGAUAUUAAUUUUCCUGAUCAUACACCAAUAAAUCGAAUAGUUUCUAAUCCAACAAACUUAAUAAUGGCAGAGAAAACCGUUGCAACACUUUUGAGUAAAGCUAUGGAACAAACACCGAAAUUUUCUGGCAAACCCGAUCAAGAUGCUGAUGAAUGGAUGAAGAAUUUGACUGAUACAUUUCGUAUGGCUGAUAUGACAGAAGCACAAGCAUUAAAAAUAAUACCUACAUUUUUGGAAGGACAUCCUAAGCAAUGGUUUACUGGCAAUAGUGCAAUAUUCGAAUCCUGGAGUGUAUUUAAAGCUCAAUUUAUUCAUACGUAUUCAUCACCCUCCUCGAAACAAUUAGCGUCUAACCGCUUAAGAACUCGCCAACAACGACAUGAUGAAGCUGCUAUCGAAUAUUAUAUCGAUGUUAUGAAACUAUGCAAAUUAGUUGAUCCAACCAUGACUGAUGCAUCCAAAAUUGAUCACUUAUAUCACGGACUCAAACCAUCCCUAAUGAAAGAAGUCUUCCGUAGAGCUCCAUCCACACCAGCAGAAUUUUUAGAACAAGCACGACAAGAAGAAAAUUUAGAUCGUUUAGUUAAUACGUCUUUUCAACAAACCAAUGAUAGUGAUAUACAAGCAACAAACUAUUCCAACAACUCAUUAUAUAGAUCUCCACAAAAAUUUGCAACUGCGCACUACCAAAAUUCAUCACAUAUGCAUUCUAAAGGUUAUUCCGCAAACGUAUACUCACCUCGAACAACAUACAACCAAUUUCAUGAUCCAUCAUCGUCACGUUAUCCACCUCAAACUCAACAAUCUUCGUUUAGUGCGUUACACUAUCAAUCACGCCCUUUACGAUGUUAUCUAUGUCAGAAAUUGGGACAUAUUGCUCGUGAUUGUAGAUCUGCAAAAAACUACUAA